UAUUUUGCAAAAGUUUCAUUUGUGAAAAGUUAGCAAUCACGACUCAACUUAAGGCAUAAAACCGUGUACAUAAAAUGAAUUAAUAUCACACAUGAUUAAUAAUAGGGUUUAGUACUGCUUUCACAUGGCCAUUCAUGUGAGCUAGUUUUCUCAUUUGAUAAGUUCGACGAGAAGGAAGAUGCUGUCAGAGGCCAACGAAGAUUUCAGGGUUAAGUUUCCGCUGCAUUUCUCGGUCUGGGGAAAUGAUUACAGGAUAUUGGAGAGCCAGUUAUUUCAGGCUCAACCUUGCGAUACUGGGAACAUUGCCGUUUCUUCCUUUCCUCAGCAUGAUAUCGAGGCAGUGGACCCCCGAGGGAGAACGGCGCUCCACCUGGCCGUGUCGUUAGGCCACCUGGAGUCGGUGAGAGUGCUUCUGCGACAUGGUGCAGAAGUUACCAAAGAGAAUGCCAAUAACUGGACAGUGCUACAGGAAGCAGUCAGUACUGGAGACCCAGAGAUGGUUCAGCUGGUGCUGCAGCGUCGAGACUACCUCAAAGCCUCCACCGCCUUGGGAGGAGUUCCAGAGUUGCUGAGCAAGAUCCGAGAGUCUCCAGAUUUCUACAUGGAAAUGAAAUGGGAGUUCACAAGUUGGAUUCCUCUGGUGUCGCGGGUGUGUCCCAGUGACGUGUGCCGCAUCUGGAAGAGCGGAGCCAGCCUGCGUGUGGAUGCCACCCUGCUGGGCUUCGAGAACAUGACCUGGAUCAGAGGACGCCGCAGCUACAUCUUCAGAGGAGACGACACGUGUACAGAGUUGAUGGAGGUGAACCAUGACGAGGAGGUGGUGGACACGGAGCGCUUCGACAUCUCGCGGGAGAUGGAGGAUGUGACCAUGGACUCCAUGCAGCCCGCCGAACAGGAAGUGGCCAAAAGACUGACCACUCCAGUUGUCAACACCUUCCUAGACACUACGCUUAUUGCAUUUGAGAGGAAUAAGUCUGGGAUUUGGGGUUGGAGGACUGACAAAACUGAUGUUGUCAAUGGAUUCGAAGCUAAGGUUUUUGCUGUGAACAACGUUAACGUGGUGAUCAGGACCAGGACUGAACACCUCACAGACGAGGAGAAAGCGAGGAUCAAAAGUGAGAGGAAUGUUCUGGAGUCACUGCUGGGGACUGUAGAACAGCAAAUCAACGCUCAAGGGGACCUCACCCUGGAGUUUGCGACGGCCACAAACCCCACUGCCAUCACUCCUGAGGAGUACUUUGACCCGGACUUCGACCUGGAAGACCGAGACAUCGGGCGUCCGAUAGAACUCACCAUCCGAACUCAGAAGUUCAAGGGGACGUUGUGGAUGAGCGAGGACCACCCCCUGUCGCUGGUGGAGCAGGUCACCCCCAUUAUCGACCUCAUGGCUCGGACUAGCACUCACUUUGCACGCCUGAGAGACUUCGUCACCCUCAAGUUCCCUCCUGGGUUCCCCGUGAAAAUAGAAAUCCCCUUGUUCCACGUGCUGAACGCACGGAUUACCUUCGGUAGCGUCAACAAGUGCAGCACAGCAGAGUCGGUAGAGACUCCGCCCUCAGCGACCACGCCCUUUCCCUCGGAGGACGGCGAGGUUGCCGCCCCUCCCCCCUCCGCAGCGCCUCCCCCGUUCCAGGUGUGCCCGUCGGUGUUCGUGGUCCCGCCUAACUACCGUCUUCGAGGCGGGAGCCGGCACGCUCCGGUAUCCAACAACGACGAGGAGCUGCUUCAGUACGCCAUCCACCAGAGCCUGCUGGACACCAGCGGAAGCCCAGCCCAGGAGCUGAACUGGGACAACGCCAACGGGGACUUUGCUGAACUACUGCCAAGCAGCUCAAGCGACAGAAGCAUCCCAGAGGGGGCGCCAGUGGACCUGGGAGACGGGAGUCCGUCCGGGUCCAGCUCAGCCUCCAGCCGUGACGCGGAGCUGCGUCUGGCCAUGGAGCUGUCUGCCCGCGCCCAGAUGGAGGAGCAGAGGAGGAGGAAGGAGGAGGAGGAGGAGCUGGAGAGGAUACUGCAGCUGUCUCUAACAGAGAAGUAGCAGGCUGGACCAGGUGACACAUUUUCAACGAGGGACGAUGACACCGUGCCAUAACUGCGUUGGCACUUCCUGUCAGAGAUACAACCACUUGACCCCAGCCUACCUUUCCAACCUUCCACCACAACCCACUAUGCAACCUCUUGUAAUUUAUGUAACGUGUCGUGAAUUCUGCCAAUUCAGGUUAUCUGUUUUCAAUGGUAUGACAGUAAUUUUCCAAUUUCUGGUAUGAAAAACGAUUCUCCUUUUGUAUAGUUCCAUCUCUGCAUAGUACUUAGUCACUCCGAAAGUCAUCUGUGUCGUAUGAGAUUAUUUUGGAAGGUUUUUCUAGGUUGCAACCUGUGAUGCACCUGUAUUAGUUGUUUAUUGUCAAAAGCCGAAGUUGAAUCUGUCAUAGUUGUGAGGGGACGGUUCACAGUUGUGCUCAUGACCACAGUCCUGUACCCCACUAAACCUCCCAGACGGUUGUGUUCUGACUGAAGAUAGAAUAUCUCAGGGUUCCAUCAUUCUACAGUCCCUAAUUGCUUCGAAACAUUUUGUGAAAGUAUAUUCCUUUAAAUCUAGUCACAGAUAUGGUAAUUCCUUAUACUAAAAUCAGACCAAGUCGUAACUAUGACUUGCUGCUGUGUAUUCCUGUUUGCCUCCCUGUCCCUGAAUAACGCCAGGCCGUUUGGUCGAAAGCGGAAUACUUCUGGAAAAGUUCCCAGCUACAUUCCGCUUGUGCCGUGGUAUCAAAGUAGACCUCCCGAUACUCGUAGACCAACUGCACGGUAAUUCGUCUCUGACGUGCGGCGUGUUCCUGUGCGUCCAAUCAGGAGCGCGUUCCUGCUGUCCUCGACUGGGCGGGUUUCAACUCUGUUCGUUGUCCUUUAAAAGUAGCAGCAUUGACCAUGACCACCUCAACUCCAACAAGCAAUAGCAUCUGCCACUGUGCCUGUCAGGGGAUUACACCUGUGCAGUUCAGAGGUGUUCAGCCACUAUCCAUUGCAACAUGGCCGUUUCAUAACCAGGGAAAUGUCUCUGGUUACCAGUCGCCACAAACAGCAGGGUUUAAAAGGAAACUUAGCAUGGUUCUGUACCUAGUUGUGACUAUGAUGGACUUUUGUGACCUGAUGUAAAUGCAACUUGAGCUUUCAGAGCUUUUCAGUAGAUUGUAGCUGAGUGUGUCAUCAGGUGUGCGGCUCAGCCAGUCUGCUUUCUCUGAUGUGGCUGACUGGGGUGUCGUGUUUGUGUCAGGUCCGUCCCACGCCACCAAGACCAAACUAAUCAAACCCAGAGAAGCAACUUUGAUAUGCCUUACAUCCUUCCAGAAGAGAUUAAAGGGUUUCAACUAUACAUUACUGAUUUUGGGGAACAUGCAAUUAAUUCACUGAGGUAUUUACAAUGAUAAACCAAUGUUAAAAAAAUAAAAAACGUGAUUAAUUUCUU